AGAAACAUUUUUACUAAGAGCUUCUGCUAUUGCCUUUACACCACAAGAGAAGAAUUUGUCAACUAUCUCAAAUCGUUCUUUGGUAGAUAUUAUUAAGAAUGAAUACAAUCCAGAAAUCGAAGAGAAAAAUUACCGUGGAAAGUAUUUUGAACCAUUUGGUAAAGAAAGCGAACUAACUUCAUAUGCUUAUGAUGAUGAAUUGGCUAAAAAAAAAACUCUGGGAAUUUACUGA